CUUUCUUAUCUGUACAUUAAUUAGGUCUGUAAAUGCCCUUGUAAAUUAGAAACACAUGUUAUUGCAACCUUCCUGAUGGCGACAGUUCUGCUCGCUACUGUUCUUUUCGCUAUUUUCAGCAAUUCUCACGCAAUCUGGUGCUUUGUAGGUGAAACGAAAAACAACAUUACGGAAGUAUGGGAACAUGAAGACAGCCAAGGGCGCUUCUGCUACAGGGUGACCACCAAAGAUAAGGACUACAUAUACUACAGGUUCGAUGAAGGAUUCUGCGAGGAAGUUGGGUGCUAUUUGGACAAGGAUGGCGAUGAAUAUUGUUGCUGCAAUACAGAUUUCUGCAAUUAUAACUUUACAUCGAUCACUACUACUAUCUCCACACAUAAGCCUUCGACUUUAUCCACUAAAAUGUCGCCUCGUAGUUCUAAAGCUUCACCUACACCACUAUCUACAAAUCCUCCUCCUUUCUCAUCCCCGGCUUCAUCAACAACUCUUUCAAUAUCGCAACCUAUAUUCAAUUGUUACUUUUUCCUUGUACAGAGUGUUCUUAUCAUUUUGUACAACACAGCAGCAUGCACCGUCUAGAAUGUACUCAUGAGAAAUUUACUUUAAGCCCGUUUUCUUGAGCCGGUAAAUUUUAGAAGUUUUGUUG